AUGCUUCCUUCAUCAAAACGAUCAUAACACGGGGAUUUCCGAUUUCCGAGUCUAACAGAUUUUCUCAUAUAUUCCCAUUUAGUUUUAUGACGAAACCUUUGUGGCAAAGUGAAUUUUGUUCUUGUUCUCUGGUUGCUUUAUUUAUGUUCUGUUGAUAAUUCAUGUUGUUAAGCUACUCGACGAAAGAUGUCAUCAGAAGAAUAUGAGAAAAAUGAAAAUGAACAGGAAGAAGAGGAUUCAGUUGAUGGUUUUGAGGUUAUCGAAAGGCUUCGAGGGCGAGAUAGAACUUACUGGGACAUAGCUUCUCAGCAAUUUGCUCAUCUUGAUCUCUCCCGACGUCCUGUUUACCAGCAACUUGGUGUUGGUGGAAUCUCAGGAUGGUUAGUUGGAAGCAUAUUUAAGAAGAUUGGAAAACUGACCGCUCUCGCUGUUGGAAGUGGUUUGUUAGUUUUACAGAUUACCUCGCAGUCUGGUUAUGUGACUAUAAACUGGAAAAAAAUUAACAAGGAUGUGGGAAAAGUGUCUCGGUCCAUGUCCAAAAAAGUUGAAGAAUACACGUCAUUUCGUAGCAGUGAGAACAGAGCCAAAAACUUUCUGUUGAAGCGUCUAAAAAAAGUUGGAGAAAUCGCAUCAUUUCGUAGGAGUAACACCAAAGGCAAAAACCUUCUGUUGAAGGGUGGCCAAGUUGUGCAAAAGAACAUUGUCGUCGCUAGUGGUUUUGCUGGUGGUUUUCUGCUCGGUCUUGCCACAUAAUCUGGUAUCAUCGAGGAAACUGAAUUCCAGAGAAUCUUCGAUUUUACCGUUGUAGUAUUUUUAUCACGCGUUGAAAUUGUACUAUUUAAAUGUACGGUGAUAUCAUGAUUUUACGAUGUGCAAUGUUGAGACUUGAAACGUAUUAUUGUUUAGUUAUUUACGUAGAUUUUAUUCGACGCUUCGUGAUUGAGUAACAGGGUAAUGCUUUGCUCGCUAGGUUGACCGUUUUAAGGGACCUCAAAAAUAGCGGCUUUCGAAUAUCAGGAGUGCAAUAGAAAAUAAAACAUGAAUUUCGAAGUAAUAGUAUUGCUUAAUCUUUCAAACUUUUGCUACUCAAAAAAUCCCCGUAAAUUAUGACUACCUGUUGUAAAUGUACUGGUUUAUGUAGCUUGCAUGGGACACUACGUAUAUUUUGCAAAACGUUCAAUGACGUAAAUGGACAAGACAGAAGCACGCACCUUAGUUUAUGAAUCACGAUGCAAGGGAAAAUUAUUAAAGAAUAAGUUGCACGCGACAUUGAAUUGAUAUAUCUGAAACUCCCCCAGAUAAAACAUAACCAGUCUAAUUUUGAUAAUUACACUCUUCACACAACAUUAACUUCCCGUAUGUAAACAUAAGUAUGAGGCGCGCAAAGCAUGACCCUGAUAUUCAUUCUUAUGGGUAUUUGAAUGAAUUGGCGCUCAUGAUUUGUAGUCUUUUGCGACAAAUGUAAACAUAACUCAUCGUGAAAUUUGGUAUUGAGGAGGUUUUUACAAACAAAAUGUAUAUAAAAAUAAUCUGUAUGAAUAGAUCAUUAAAUAGUGGUGUUGUAGCAA